CGUCCUCUUUUUGCUAUCAUGGGUUUCUCAACGAAGCCUAUCAUUAUCGACGCCAGGGGUCAUCUCCUUGGGAGAUUAUCUUCGAUUGUGGCCAAAACUAUUCUUAAUGGACAAAGAGUAGUAAUUCUGAGAUGUGAGGAGAUCAACAUCUCUGGUAGCUUCUACAGGAACAAGCUAAAAUACCUUGAUUUCAUCAAGAAGAGGUGUAAUGUCAACCCCAAACGUGGACCCUUCCACUUCCGUGCCCCAAGCAAGAUUUUCUGGAGGACAGUUCGAGGUAUGGUUCCCCACAAAAUCUCCCGUGGAAAGGAAGCCCUGGACAGGCUGAAAGUCUUUGAAGGAAUUCCACAGCCUUAUGACAAGGAGAAAAGAAUGGUCGUGCCAGCUGCUCUCAAAGUGUUGCGUCUUCAUCCCAGGAGAAAGUCUUGCCGCUUGGGACGUAUUUCGCAUGAAAUUGGAUGGAAAUACCAGAAUGUUGUCAACACUCUUGAAGGAAGGAGGAGAGCAAAAUCUGCCGAGUACUACAGAAAGAAGAAGGCGGAGACGGUCUGGCGAAACAAGGCCACUGAAAAUGUCAAAGACAAGGUUGCAAAACAACAAAAGAUCAUUGAAUCGUACGGAUACCAUUAAAUUAUCUGGAAGAGAUAUUUGUACAGAAUAAAAAAAAAGAAAUAAUUAA